CGCCCCGGCCGCGCCCGGGUGUGUCGUCACUUCCUGGGCGCCGCCGGGCUGCGCGCAGUUCCAAGCGGGUUCCGUCUCGGUGCUCCGUUCUCGCCGGCAGGAUGUCAGCUAGUGUUCCUGGAAGCUCAAAUGUGGCUGCCGGCAGUAACCGUCGUCUUCAGCAGACUCAACACCAAGUAGAUGAGGUCGUUGACAUCAUGAGAGUGAACGUGGACAAGGUGUUGGAGCGAGAUCAGAAGCUGUCAGAGCUGGAUGACCGUGCUGAUGCGCUGCAGGCAGGAGCUUCCCAGUUUGAGACCAGUGCGGCCAAGCUGAAAAGAAAGUAUUGGUGGAAGAACUGUAAGAUGUGGGUGAUAUUGAUAGCUGUUGUUGUCAUGAUCAUCAUCAUCAUUAUUGUCUGGAGCAUAUAUUCGUGAGUUACAGGAAGAAACUCGGAUGCCCUGGAGGUGCCUUAUCUUCAGCCUCUCCACUUCAAACCCGCUGCGUUUUUCCAGCCCACUUAAAGCCAAACUAUUUUGAUUACCGAGAUGUUAACUAACUUCACCUUGUUGCCUUAAGACACUCCUGCCAUUAAUCACUAACAAGCACAGCCCCUCUCACGCGGUGCCUUGCUGACGGGACGCGGCCUGGCGCUGGGCUGGCCCCGCUCGGUGCCGGGCUCCGUGUGCUGCCGUUACCCGGGACCAAGCGGCGCGGGAGCCCGUUGCGGGGGGGGGGUGGUUGGAAGCGGGGGGGAGGGGGGGUGCGGCCCCGCCUACCGGGGCGGGCUCGGCGGCGCCGCACGUGGCGGCGGGGCAGGCGCGCGCACGGGGUCCGCGUGCAGCGGCGCGUGAGGGGCGGGGGCGCGUCCCGCGAGGGGGGUGGGAGAGUGGCUCUGGCCGUCCAAUAAAGAGCGGCUCCGA